GCUGCCGGCGGUAGAGAGGAAUGCUUUUUCUCUUUGUAUGAUGUUCUUUCUUGCUUCCAGAACUCACUGGAUCUUCUCAUCUCUAAGCUUGUCAGUCUAUGACUCUAUGAACUUCAUGAAAAGGAUCGCUAUGGCAUCUGCAACUCCAACCCACUUGCCAACAUAUACCCAGCUUCAGUCUUUCAGAAACCCAGCACCAAUUGCUCUAUUUGAAAACUGCAAUUCCAUGUACUACAUCAAGCAAAUACAUGCCCAAGCAGUGAAAACAGGCCUCACAUCGCACCCGAUCGCGCGUAACAGAAUCAUCGUCUUUUGUUGUACUGAUGAAUUUGGUGAUGUGAACUAUGCCCGUCAAGUGUUCGACGCAAUUUCUGAACCAGGUGUGUUUCUUUGGAACACCAUGAUCAGAGGCUAUAGUCGGAUACGAUGCCCUCAAGACGGGGUUUCUUUGUAUUUAGCAAUGCAGAGGAUGAGUAUCAAGCCCGACUGUUAUACGUUUCCGUUCUUGUUGAAGGGAUUCACGCGUGAAAUUGCGCUGGAAUGUGGCAAAGAGUUGCACCCUCAUGUGUUGAAGUAUGGACUUGAUACUAAUGUUUUUGUUCAAAAUGCUUUGGUGCAUAUGUAUUCUGUUUGUGGCCUAAUUGAUAUGGCACGUGGGGUUUUUGAUAUGAUUCACAUGAAGGAUGUUGCAACUUGGAAUGUAAUGAUUUCUGGGUACAAUCGAAUCAAGAAGUUUGAUGAAUCCUUGAAGCUUUUUAGUGACAUGGAGAAAACAGGAGCGUUGCCCACUUCAGUUACACUUGUCUCGGUGAUAUCAGCGUGCUCCAAAUUGAAGAAUUUAGAUGCCGGGAAGCAGGUUCAUAAAUACGUCAAGGAUUGCCUGAUCAAACCUGAUUUAGUGUUGGGAAAUGCUUUGGUUGACAUGUAUGUAGCUUGUGGGGAAAUGCACGUUGCACUUGAGAUUUUCGAAAAGAUGAAAACAAAGGAUGUAAUUUCUUGGACUACCAUUGUUAAGGGGUUUGCCAGUUCUGGACAAGUUGAUCUAGCUCGGAGCUACUUCGAUGAGAUGCCUGAAAGAGACUACAUUUCAUGGACUGCAAUAAUGGAUGGGUACCUCUGGGUGAACCGGUUCAAAGAGGCACUGGAACUUUUCCGCCAGAUGCAAACUUCGAAUGUAAAGCCAGAUGAGUACACUAUGGUAAGCAUUCUAACAGCCUGUGCACAUCUAGGAGCACUUGAACUCGGAGAAUGGAUAAAAACUUACAUUGACAAGAACAAGAUCAAGAAUGAUGUAUUCGUUCGAAAUGCUUUAAUAGACAUGUAUUUCAAGUGUGGAAAUGUUGAGAAAGCCUUGAGGGUCUUUAGUGCAAUGCUUCAAAGGGACAAAUUUACAUGGACGGCUGUGAUUGUUGGCCUUGCUGUUAACGGACAUGGUAAGGAAGCUCUUGACGUGUUCUCUCGAAUGCUAGAAUCUUCGAUAACUCCCGACAAGAUAACUUUCAUCGGUGUUCUUUCUGCGUGUACUCACUCUGGAAUGGUGGCUGAAGGAAGGAACUUUUUCGAUAGUAUGAUCACCCAACAUGGAAUCCAGCCUGAAGUUUCACAUUACGGGUGCAUGGUGGAUCUUCUUGGUCGAUCAGGGAAUCUAAACGAAGCUUUUGAGGUUAUACAGAACAUGCCAAUGAAACCAAAUGCAGUUGUAUGGGGAGCUCUGCUUGGCGCUUGUAGAAUGCACAGAGAUGCAGAACUGGCUGAAAUUGCAGCUAAACAGACGCUCGAGCUGGAGCCCGACAACAGUUCCGUUUAUGUUCUCUUGUGCAAUAUAUAUGCAGCUUGCAGUAAAUGGGACAAUUUGCGCGACGUAAGGCAACUGAUGAUGGACAGGGGAAUCAAGAAGACGCCUGGUUGCAGCUCGAUAGAGGUGAAUGGUAAUGUUCAUGAGUUUGUUGCCGGGGACCGGUCACACCCUCAAUCCGAAAAAAUCUAUUCCAAGUUGGAUAAGACGAUUGAAGACUUGAAAGUUGUCGGGUAUUCCCCGGAUACAUCGGAGGUUUUCCUUGAUGUGCGGGAGGAGGAUAAAGAGAGUGCAGUUUGCAGGCAUAGUGAGAAGUUAGCAAUGGCAUUUGGGCUGCUUAGUUUGGGAGAUGGGGCGACAAUUAGAAUCAUGAAGAACCUUAGAAUCUGUGUGGAUUGUCACAGCAUGGCAAAGUUGGUCUCCAGAGUUUAUGAUAGAGAAGUGAUUGUUAGGGAUGGAACUCGGUUCCACCAUUUUAGACACGGUUCGUGUUCGUGUAAAGAUUAUUGGUGACGGUUUGAUUAAAGGACCUUUGGCCAGUUUAGCCGACGCGGCCAAGGGGGCGGGAUAAUCAGUUAGGACUAGAAUAGGUCCAAAUGUUUGGUUUCUUCCAAGCAAAAGAAGAAGAUAGUGUAGUUUGAUGAUUAACUUGCUUUCUUAAUUUGCUAAAUCCUCUAGCAUUUGCUGCAAUUUCAAUGAUAAAUGUAUCUCAGAGAGAGAUCUUGCAUGCGCGAAACCUAUAAGUCUCACGUGUAUUGAAGAUAUGAUAUUCAACGCAGCAAGUAAAUA